UGAUAAAAUAAAUUGAAAGCGAGGCUUAAAACAAAGAAUAUCUUAACAAAAUGUGGUCUCAUUUGGAACGUGGCAGCUCACCUGUGGAUUGGUGUGAAUCGAAUUAUUCCAUUACACCUAUGAUAGCAGAAUUCGUUAACACGGUUAGCAAUGUGCUAUUCUUUUUAUUUCCACCAGUAUUGAUACAUCUUUUUCAAGGAUAUGCAAAAUUUUUCAAUCCAGCUAUUAAUAUAUUGUGGGUGCUAUUGAUGGUAGUUGGAAUAAGUUCAGCAUAUUUCCAUGCAACUCUAAGUUUAGUGGGGCAACUGCUGGAUGAAUUGGCAAUAUUAUGGGUGUUCAUGGCUGCAUUUGCAAUGUUUUUACCAAAAAGAUAUUUCCCAAAGUUUUUAGGUGGCAACAGGAGAGUGCUAGCUUUCUAUUCUAGCGUUUUCUCCGUGUUAUCGACCGGGUUUCUGGUGAUGCACCCGAAAGCGAACGCAUUCGCUCUAAUGACCCUCGCACUGCCUUCUCUGGGAUUCUUAUGUAAAGAGUUAAAAAGGGUAAAAUGCGCGCGCGUUUUUCGCCUCGGCCUGCGUUGUGUCGCAGUCAGCUUUCUCGCAAUGUUCUGUUGGAUAAUAGACCGAAUGUUCUGCGACGCUUGGCUUUACAUCGACUUCCCAUACAUGCACGGAGCUUGGCACAUACUAAUAUUCAUAGCCAGUUACACCGCACUUGUACUAUUCGCGUAUUUCAAUGUAUCCGAAGAGAGACCAGAACAAAAACCGCAGUUACGCUAUUGGCCGAUAAACGACUUCGAGUUGGGUGUUCCGUACAUUACUGUUAGACAUCCGUGCAAAAAAGAUGACAAUUUGGCCAUUUAAUUUGGUAGUGGCGCACGAAUAACGGUAUUUGGAAAUUGGGACAUAACAACUCUAUUUAGAUGGGAACUGCCUUAGAAUGACAGAACAUUUUUUAUUUAAUUUAUUUAAAAUAACAUUUAAAAGUUUAUUUUAGUUGUAUGAUUGAGUGAUUGGUCCGUGCUUAUUGCAGUGACUUAUACUGUAUUUCCUAUUUAAAUAGAGUUACAAAAAAUAUUUUUGUAAUUAUUUAUGUAUUUAGUGCCAAUCUGUGAUUUUUAGAUUAAAUGAAUUUAAAUCGAGUGCAAUGAAUAAUUUUAAGGGUGACAAUGCGUUAUAGGUAUUAUUUAUCUGUAUUUUAUUUUAUGGUAUUUUUAAAAGUUGUCAAGUUUUUACACUACCUAUAUAUUUAUUCUGCAUAUAGCAUUUAUUGUUCUGAAUUAAUGCUUGUAUUAAAACACAGUUUAAGGUGUUAGUUACAGCUGCAAAAUUUAUAUAUUAAUUUUUUUUACAUCAUAAUGACAAGGUAUUAGCUUGAAAAGCAGCUGUUUAUUAUUAUUGUGAUAGUUUACUAAGUCUGCCUAGUUUUAAUAUGAGUUAAAUUACAAGUUUUAAGAAUUUUUGGGGUGAUUAAAAGCAAUUCUUUUAGAUUUUAAUUAGAAAUAAGGAAUUUACUGUUUUUAAAUUGUAUUCUGUCUUACUUUCUUAUAAUUAUAGAAACAA